GGGACGAACCAUUGAGACUAGCGGGGUGAUGUUUGGUGGAGAAAUUUUACAUUGCAUUUUGCUUUAGGUCUACGAUUACUGGAUUUUAACAUGCUUUUGGAUAGAAAUUUUAUCAAUUUGUUUGGAAGUCCUCGUUUCUGAAGGACAAAUUUCUGGUGCAAAGUUUAUUUUAUGGCUACCUCGCAGUUUGUUAUUGGUUUGUUCCUAGUGACCUUUGUACCCUCUACUACGAACACGCUGGCGAAAAUCUUGUGGAUCACAUCAGAAAAGUUCCGCAGAAGUACACAGCCUGUAGAUAUCGGUGUACUUGUGGUGCGUUUACGUUAGAGUUGAAGCCGAUUUUGCAGCGAAAUGGAGAAAACUGAGGGCUCAGAAUCCGCUACGGCUACGGGAUGCCCGUCAGAAACCGAGUUGGCAGGAAAGGCUGACAUGUGUAAAGGCUGUCCUGGACAGGCGCUCUGUAGGCAGCAAGGUGGGCGGGAUCCAGACCAGGAAUUACUAGACACCAGGAUGAGAGCCGUCAAACACAAGAUUCUCAUUCUGUCAGGAAAAGGAGGUGUGGGGAAGUCCAGUGUAGCAGCCUGUUUAAGCAUGGCGCUGGCAGAACUCUCACAGAAGGUAGGAGUGGUAGACCUGGACAUCUGUGGGCCCAGCAUCCCCAAACUGCUGGCAGUCGAGGGGAGAGAAGUCGUCAACUCCCAGUGGGGGUGGAAACCUCUGAUCUCGCCCCACCAUGGUGUAAAGGUGAUGUCUGUAGGCUCCCUGCUAGAGCAGUCAGACAACGCAGUUAUCUGGAGAGGACCCAGGAAAACAGCGCUGAUUCGACGCUUCCUUAAAGACACAUUCUGGGGCCGUCUGGACGUCCUGAUCUGUGACACUCCGCCCGGUACGAGCGAUGAACACCUGACGGUCGUCAAGGCGAUGAAGAGUGCCGACCCUGACGGAGCCGUCAUAGUGACAACGCCCCAGGAGGUUGCCAUAGCAACCAUCCGUAAGGAGCUGAACUUCUGCCGGAAGCUGGGCGUGAGAGUCAUCGGGGUUGUGGAGAACAUGAGCGGAUUUGUCUGCCCCUGCUGUCAGGAGAGGACUGACAUAUUUUCCAGUGGAGCUGGGGAGAGGCUGGCUGGAGAGUACGGCGUCCCUUUCCUGGGGAGAAUACCCAUAGUCCAGCACCUGACCCAGUGUUGUGAGGAGGGCAGGAGUAUUUUCCAGUCCCACCCAGAGUCUCCUGCAGCCUCAGCCCUGAUGCAGCUCGCACAGAGGGUCAUGGAGGAAGUAACAAGACAACAGACAGGCAAAUGACCCAGAUAUUUCCUUUAUUAGCAUGGACAUUCAUUGGAUUAGGUACACGUAAAUACAUUAUGAGAAUUGCUGAAGAGGUUCAUCAGUCACAUAUAGAUUUAAAAGUUAGUAGUUAUUCAUUAAUCGGUGACCCUUUUGAAAGGUAGAGAACACUUGUCAACAUUUGAGAACACAAAGACUAUGUUGAGACUUAGACUUAGGUUGAGACUUAUACAGGUCUUAUGACUAGCACCAUAACUAGUACAAAUUUGAUGCCAACAUCUACCUCAGCAUGCUGAAGCUAUGAUUAAUUGAUAUGUAUGUCAAACAAAAUAUUCUUUUGUGAAAUGCAAAUAAUUAAGGUAAUUUCUAAUGAUCUUGAAAGAAAUACAUUCCAUUUGAUUAAACUAGUAAAUAUGAUUCGCCACAUUAUCAGAAGCAUAUUU